UACAAUGAUUGCAUGGUUAAUAUAUUUUCUUUUUAUUAAGGUUUAUCUGGUCACCACAGAAGACAAGAGGUUAUUGCUGAAUGACCCAGAUGUACUGGUAAAUCGGUUAAACCGACUAGAAAGUGUCGUGGCGGUACUCAAUAACACAGUACAACAGCAGUCAAUCACAAUUCAGAAACAGGAAAAGACUAUUAAACAGUUACACGAUUAUGUUAGUACUACUCAAAGCAUUGGAACAACGUAUAUUAGAUGGGGAAGAAAGCAAUGUCCAAUUAACAGCACAGAAUUAGUCUACUCAGGUUUUGCAGGUGGUGGUCAAUAUAGCGAUCCAGGCUCGCCUGCUGAAUAUGUAUGCUUACCACCAGAUCCAAAUUAUGUAAAGACUAGUGGGUCAGAUUAUGGUCGUAUGUUCGGUGGAGAAUUUGACUCAAACUUUUUUGCUUCCAAUUCUGAUAACCAGGACGUCCCAUGUGCUCUUUGUAGAACUCUUCGUGCUUCAUCUGUGAUCAUGAUUCCUGGGAAGAAUACAUGUUACAGUGGAUGGAAAGAGGAAUAUCACGGAUACUUAGCCUCUGGUCAUCACGUUGAAAACGUUGCUUCUGCUUUCGUCUGCGUUGACAUACAACCUGAAUACAUUAUGGGAGGCGUUGAUCAACAUUAUGGUAAACUUUUUUAUGAAGUUCUUUCCAAAUGCGGAUCUUUGAAAUGUCCACCGUACAUCAACGAUUAUCCAUUGACAUGUGUAGUCUGUUCUAAGUAA